AUGUCGGCAACUAAAUGGAAGGUGUUCUUCGACAUUUCGUGUCCUAAUUCGUGGAUAAGCUUCAAGCUCUUGAAUAGUGGAAAGCUUCCUCUUCAUAUUGAUUGUCUCGAUUUUGUCCCUAUAUCUGAUGUGAAACUUCACUUAAUCAGGACGUAUGAAGCGAGGAUGAGAAGAAGAUGGAAGCGGAACGAUGAAGAACUCACAAUUACUUCAAUUCCUGGCAACACCGAGCUUUUCUCAAAAACAGUUCAAGAUACAGAGUGCAAAAUGAUCCCUGAUAACUGGGAAGCGGUACGCUCUACGAUUCUACUUGAUGGUACCUUGCUGCCAGCAAUAUUCCUGUCUUCAGUUAAAAAGCGUUAUCCUGAACACUUCCUACACUGUGUUGAAAUCAUCGGAGAGCGAAUCUGGGAUCUGCAACAGCCUGUCCGGAAAGGUGCUCAUCUAUUCCAGUGUUCACGUGCAGCAGGAGUGAGCUUCAGAGAUUCUGAGGAACUCGUGUCUCGGCUGCCACAUAUGGAUUCUAGGCAGCUCCUUCAUGAAAACUCAUUAGAAGCACUCCAAUUAGGGGCGUCUAGUGCUCCGUUUUUCGCUUCAACUAAUGGCAUACCGACAACAACCUUCAAUAAUUUCAACGAUUUCAAGCGAUUUGUGCUUACUUCGUGA